GAUUAUAGUAGUGAAAAUGAAACAGUACACUUAAAAGACAACCCACUGUUAUUUUGGUCGUUUUUAAGGCCGACAUUUUAAUUACGCUCAUACUGGUAUUAACUUACUUAACACUAACGGUGGUGUGAAGGGAAACCCUCCUCCGCUCCCCAAAUGCAUUCACCAAAAAUAUAAGCAUGUAUGCUCAAGCCCACCCAGUCUCUCAAACUGAAAUACUAGGAAUUAAUAUACAUCUAGCUACGUUUGACAUUACGACAAUUGAAACGACAUUAAUGAAUAGAAAUUACAUUGAAAAUUAUCUUAGAUCCCUCAAUACAAAACGACGAGCACAUCGAUGAAGUGUAUUACCUAGCCUUUGCAUUAUACAUCUAUAUGAAAAUAGAUUGCUAAAUAGCAUUAUCACAAAUAGGGACAAUCCUGGGGGGGGCGCAAUGUUAAAAGAGUGGCGAUCAAUAAUGAUUUCGAUCAGUGGGGGGCUGUUGCAGGGUGCGGGUGGUGCUCUUUUGUUAAGGUGUAUACAUGAAGCAUGCACACAGCAACACGCCUUGGCGGCGUGUUAUUCUUAUAACGUAGAUACUUCCGUGUGUCAUGAUAGGAAAACCUGAACAUUUGUCUUAUUCUAAUUUAUUUAUUUGCAAAUAAGGGCAGUCUAACAAUAUUUUAUUCAUAUCUUGGCCCCCACUCCUGCGCCUGCGGAGUGUUGACUCUCAGUCUAACCGGGCAAGAGGUUUAAAGGGAAAAUUGGCUGGGCUGUUUUUUUUUUGUGCAGCACUACUUUUUGUAUACAUCCGACUAGGAUUAAAAACAAUUACAAGCUCGUCCUCUGGAUGGGAAAACAGCCUGGGGGAGCAGCCGUAAAUUCUCUGAAGGCGUUGGCCGGGCUGAAGGCGCCGGAGUGGUGCCCGACCGUCGAGUGUAACCGUCGGCAUGGCUCUUUAGCGGCUCUAUUUCUUGUCGCUGGCGGUGCUGCGUCCGCUCUCCACUCUGCCGUGCUGGCCGCCAUCUUGAAUUUUAAUGUUAAUUUUCUGGAUUUUUUUUGUUUCUUUCGAUGUAUAAUCGAGGAGGUUUUGUGCCAGUCCUGGAUACAUAGGACCCAGCGUUUGUAACCGAGGGUAAAGGCUGAAGAGAGGGCUGCCUGGGCUUUACCCCUCCCUCGCCCCUCCCCCAGUUUACUCCACAGAGAACCUACAACGCAGCGGCUAAAUGCAACUGGUUCGAGGGGUGGGCCUGUAUGAAGUGGCCGGGAGAAUCCAAGACCAUGGUGCUGAACGGCAGACAGACCGGCAGCCGGUUCUCCAGUGGGCGUCCCCCAAGCCGGCCCCAGCCGCUGCGGCAUGGCAAGCACCCCCCUGGCACCCGCAGAUGUAGCAGCCGUUUUGGCACUGCACCCCUAGAGGCUGAGAGGCGCUAUGUCCCCUCCUCUGGAAUGAGUGCCAAGGAGCUGUGUGAGAAUGAUGACCUCAGCACCUGCCUCAUCCUUGACCCGUAUCUGGGUUUCCAAACCCACAAGAUGAACACUAGGUUUCGGCCUAUUAAGGGAAGGCAGGAGGAGCUGAAGGAGGUGAUAAAGCACUUCAAGAAGCAUGACAACCUGGAGAAGGCUUUCCAGGCCUUGACUACAGGGGAAUGGGCCCGGCACUACUUCCUGCACAAGACCAAGUCCCAGGAAAAACUCUUCAAAGAGCAUGUGUUCAUUUAUUUACGCAUGUUUGCAGCAGAUAGUGGGUUUGAAAUCCUUCCUUGUAACCGGUACUCUUCAGAGCAAAAUGGAGCCAAAAUUGUUGCGACGAAAGAGUGGAAGAGGAACGAUAAGAUCGAGUACCUGGUUGGCUGUAUCGCCGAGCUGUCGGAGAGCGAGGAGAAUAUGCUCCUUCGUCACGGGGAAAACGAUUUUAGCGUCAUGUAUUCCACCCGCAAGAACUGCGCCCAGUUGUGGCUGGGGCCUGCUGCCUUCAUCAACCAUGAUUGUCGGCCGAAUUGCAAAUUUGUCUCCACUGGUCGGGACACGGCAUGCGUCAAGGUUCUGAGGGACAUCGAGCCAGGGGAGGAGAUUUCCUGUUACUACGGCGACGGCUUCUUCGGGGAGAGCAACGAAUUCUGUGAAUGCUACACCUGUGAAAGAAGAGGAACAGGUGCUUUUAAAUCAAAAGCCGGACCUCUCCCUGCCACACCUGUCAUCAACAGCAAGUACGGGCUGAGAGAGACGGACAAGCGUCUCAACAGGCUGAAGAAGCUGGGCGAAGGAAGCGAAAAUUCCGACGGCCAGUCUGUGGGCACGGAUGCCGACACUCAGGGAACACGCGGCGCACACGCAUCGUCAAGGAAAAGGACAUCCACCGGUGUGAGAAAGUUCAGCAGGACUUGGUCUCUAACCAGGCAGUCUCUCUCGAGAGCUCCUACUUCUACCUCAUCGUGUAAACAGAGUCAUAGGAGUCGUUCAAGGGUACCAAAGAGACUAAGAUCAAGGCCUACGAAGACUUCUCUCGCUAAGGCCAGUCUGAGGAGUCGCUGCCGAGGGUCUGAGCAGAGGGCUCAGAGCAAGGUGAGCGCUGGUAACUUGGGUCUGAAGGAGCCGAAGGUAGUCCUUUGUAAGGCCGUCCCAGGGAAGAACGAGGGAGACGCAGGGGGAGAAGGGAGGGUUGAGGAGCAGAGGGGGUGCUUAACCCGGCACGCAACGAAGGAGAACAGUCACACCGCAGAUGUCACUCUGUGCGAGGGGACCUUGUCUUGUACUUACAGAACUCGGCAGUCCACACGGACCCUGCUAACUGCUCAGGGGUGCUCUGGCAUUAAGCUCCAGCCUGAUCCGCUUGAUGCCCACUGCCCAGUUAAUGGUGGCAUGGUCGUCAAGACCGAGCCGGCGGAUUUGGAGGAGUACAUGGAACAUGGGCUUCAGCUGAACGGUCAUGGCUUGGAAGUGGCCUGCCCCAAGAAGGGAGCCUGCCCACAGCGAAGGCAGUUGUCUCAGUCCAAACUGGACAGGACCAUCAAAUCGGAGGAGAGGAAUCCCUACAGGGAGCCCUCCUUCCGGGAAGGUAUCCCAGAUCUGCGCCAUGCUGCCCGGGCUGCCGACGUGGCAGAUUGUGGCAGGGUUCCCUUAGGCCUCCCUGAACAGCGCCAGGACUGUAGUGGCACCACGGGUCUCCUACGCCGGGAGAAGGCCAAAGGAAGUUACCGGACAGCAGGAAAGGGCAAGAAGAAGCGGCGCAUCACUCGUUAUGACGCGCAACUCAUCCUGCAGAAUAACUCUGGCAUCCCCAAGCUGACUCUGCGGCGAAGGCGAGACAGCAGCGGGGGAAAGGCCAGUGAACCUGGAGCCAGCAGUCCCACAUGCAGCUCCUCCAAGAUCAGCAUCAAGUUCAGCAAGGACCACGAGAAGGACAAGAGCAGCUCUUAUGUGGCUCGGCUCAACAACGGCUUCGGUCCCGGAGGGCACGGCAGCCCCACCAAGUUGAAGAUUCAGCUGAAGCGCGAGGAUGAGUUCCGGGGGGGCGCCCAGGAGCACCUGGACACGGUCACCUCCAGCGGAGUCUCUUCGCGGGCCGUGCGAGAUGGCCUUGAGCGCCGGCCUGCAGUGCACAGGACUCAACACGCUGAUGCAGAAUCUUCAUCAGAGGGGGACUGCUUUGAUGAUGAAUUUGAGGAUGACUUCAUUCCCCUUCCACCAGCUAAACGUCUUCGCCUCAUUGUAGGGAAGGACUCUAUAGACAUUGACAUCUCCUCUAGGAGAAGAGAGGAUCAAUCUCUGAGGCUCAAUGCUUAACCUCUGAGUUAAUUUGCUUACUCAGUAUGUCUAGUGCCUUGCAGAAGUAUUCUGACCCUAACUGUGAUGUCACCUUCUAUGAAAUGAACUUAAUAUACAAUCCAUCUCCUCACUGCUCAAACUCAAGAUUGCACAGUCUGAGAUUUUAGUUGCUGAGCUGUGCUAACAUUUUAAAAGCGGAGAAAAGUGCCAGUGAAAUAAUUUUAAAAUUAAGAGCAUAGAGUCACACACCCAUGUGUUAUUGAGAGCAUAUUUGUGUGGCUAGAUUCAGUGCUUGAGUGAAGCACCAUUUGCAUAAAUUGCCUUUGAAAUUAAACUAGAAAAAAAGUUGUAGGUAUUUUGAUUUGGUCUGUUCAGAUUAGUCACUUUUGUACUCAUACAUAAUGAUCUUAUUUACAUUGUUCUUACAUUGGUUUUCAUUUCGGUUUCAGUAAUGGCUUUCUUUUGUACCACCACACCCUGCAAGUCAUUUUCUUUACAUUGUCUGAUAAUCAUGAUUGUUCUUGUGUAGCACCAGGCCAAAACUAUGCUAGAACGGCUAAUGCACAGCAUUCUUCAGCCGCUCAGUUAAAAUCUCUGAAGAGAUGUAAGUUUAAAUCGGUAACUGGGCUCCAGAGGCUCAAGAUUAUACUGCAAAAGAAUCUAAAAGCCACUUGGUGUCUCGGAGACAUAUCGGAGACAAAAAUCUUAGCAAUUAAGCAUUUUUAACUAUUUUUUUCUCAUUACGGUUAAUCUUAAAUGGGAGGAUACACUAAUCGUGUCCUUAAACUUCUUCAGGUUUUAUCAAAUGACAGAAUAGGGUGUCAUAUGGGUCUGAAUACUUUUGCAAAGCAGUAGUUAACCUUCUUAUUAAUCAUGUUUUGAUUAAAAAGGAGGGAAUAAGUUGUGGGAAAGCUAAUGAAAAUAAUUAUACAAAAAUGUCAAUAUAUAUCUCUGUAAAUUUUAGACAUGGCACUUCUGUUUGUUGAUUAUGGAUGUAAAGAUUGUAAAAAAAAUGUACAGUAUGAACUCUC